AGCUGAUCUGAGAGCAGCAGCAGGCUGUGGACACACUGAGGACAGAUCAGAGGACACACUGAGGACAGAUCAGAGGACACACUGAGGACAGAUCAGAGGACACACUGAGGACAGAUCAGAGGACAGAUCAGGGGACGGACCGGGACCGGAAGACGCUGGUUUGUCUCUGCUCUGAUGGCCGGUGUGUGUGAGCUGCUUCCUGCGGAGCUGCUGCUGCUGCUGCUGUGAAGUUUGAGCCUCAGCCUGUCUCACCCUCCUGGAUCUGUUGUUGGACUGUUGUGACGACAGGAUGGUGCUGGACAAGGAGGACAGUGUGUCUCUGGUGUCCCUCCAGUCCAGGGAGAAGUCGCGGGGCUGCGCCGGCUGUAACGGGAAGAUCCGGGACCGUUUCAUGCUGCAGGCGCUGGACAGGUUCUGGCACGAGGACUGUCUGAAGUGCGCCUGCUGUGACUGCCGCCUGGGCCGGGUGGGCUCCACCCUCUACACCCGCGCCAACCUCAUCCUCUGCCGCAGGGACUACCUCAGGCUCUUUGGGGUGACGGGGAACUGUGCAGCCUGCAGUAAGCUGAUCCCUGCCUUUGAGAUGGUGAUGAGAGCCAGAGACAACGUCUACCAUUUAGACUGCUUCGCCUGUCAGCUCUGCCGCCAGAGAUUUUGCGUGGGAGACAAGUUUUUCCUCAAGAACAACAUGAUCCUGUGCCAGCUGGACUACGAAGGAGGCCAUCUUAACGGCAGCGCGGAGAGGCCGCCUCAAUAAGAGAAACAUCCAGAGGACCGGACCAACAUGUUGUUCACUGAGUCCAGAGCUCAGAGCUGAAGCGUCUUUAAGAGUCGUCUACUGAGUAUUUAGUUUGGAUUGUGUUAAAAUGGGAGUCGACUUCAGAAAUGUGGCUCCACUGAAGCUUUUCUGGCUCCCAGAUGCUCGAACUCUAAACUCUGCUCUCAGGACCCAAAUAACUCUGUGGAUGUUGGACUGUUUAUAGAUUUAUUUAAACUUUAGUCAAAGACUUAUAAAUGUGACCGCUGCUUUUUACAUGUGUAUUUUUCUUGGUUCUCGUCCUGCUUGAUUUAGACUGUAACUUGUUUUACACAACCUUCAUGACCCCAGGUCUGAACUGGGACUGAACUGAAAGACAUUUCUUUGGUUUGUUGCAGCUGAGAUGAGUUCUCUUUCUAUUAUAGUUAAUAAUGUUCUUUGACUUCCUCUGGUGACACUCUUAAUUUCUUGUUCAUGUGGCGUUAGAAACAACACGAGUAUAUUUAGAACCAGUCCACACAGACAGGGUAUUUUAAAAACAGGAUUUUCCUCCUUAGUACUGAAAAACUCUUGGUCCAAAUGAAAAUGCACAACACAGUCGAAGCACUGUCAGGAGCACGGUGAUAUAACUCAAACCUUAAGGCCAUGCAAAGGAGAAGGACGAAGAAGAAGAAGAAGAGGAAGAAGAAGAAGAAGACCGAUCUGAAGCCAGACCAAAAGCGUUUCCCAGAGGCCACCUGUAGCUGUGACCCUCACCUCAGUGGGGGAAGAACUGUACCUGACAACAUGGUGAGGACCCUGUAAAAACAGGGCUGCCGACAGAACAACCUACAGGCUGAAAAAGUUGAGCUGUGACUCAGACUUGGAGCGAGCAAUAAGACAUGGUGUUUUGUUCUUUGACUGAAUUGUUGCAAAGAUCUACAACCUAUGAAACAACUUGUGAACGCACCUCAGGAAAGCUCAGAGUCCAUCUCACAGGACUCUCCUGAUGCUGAUCUGUUUUCUGAUAGUCAGAGUUGAUGUGUCGUAUCUUUGGAAACAAUAAAUGAAUAUGAUCCUUUGUGCACUCGGGUUCUGAUCUCAGACCGACCAAACUCCCCUCCGGAUCAGAAAACAGAGCAGCUCUCCUCCCAUAGCGCUUUCACACCGCUGGGCACUGGCACGGUUCUGGUUACUGAACCCAAUUUUGAACUGGCUGGCGCAAACCUGAAAAGUCGGUUCCCAGUGGAACCAAAAAAUAGUUGGUUUUUCCUUGCGAACUGUGACAUCAUAAGUGGGCGUGUGAAGACCAUAGAUAUCUAUAAAAACACGAGCAUAUACUUUUUACAUACCAUUCGCCUUAUACGUGAUCAUCUUCUACGUCUUCUCAUCAUCAACAGUUGGUGCAUGCUGGAUUGUUGGAUGAAAACAAAUAACUGGAGUAACAAAGCAAAAGCUUGCAGAUAAUCUCCAUACGAUCUGUCAUUUUGCCGGCUGCUGUGUUUAUUUCCGCCUGAGUGACGCGGAGUAACGUCCUUCCACUUUGCUUCUGCUUAAACUGGUGUGGACACGGGCUGGUUCGCCAGACAGCACCGAGGUUCAGAGACUCCAGAACGGAGCCAGAGCCGGAACCAGAACCGUGCCGGUGCCCUGCCGGUGUGAAACACAGCAGCAGCGCUAACAUCCAGUGACCCAGGAUGAUUGUGAUUGGUUUAGAGGAACAAAAACAAGUCAGAGUGUUUUGUUCCCACUGCAGCAGAAACAUAAUGUGAUUCCAGAUCUUUAUGUAAUGUUGACAUGAACAGUGCAGUGAGUCUGAGACCAGUGAUCAGUGAUGCACACAGUGUUUCCAGUCAUUGAAGGCUCCCUGGGGCCGGUCAGGACCUUCGCUCUACUGCGUCCACUUUAAUUCAAGAUGAUUCAACCUGAUAUAAUCAAAAGGUCUCAUUAAAAUCUGAAUGACAUAAACAUUCAGAGUGAAACAAACAGGAAACAAGAAGAACAAACAGGAAACAGUUUCUGUAGUUCGGCCGAGAUCAAUGAGAACGUCUGAGAUAUAUACGUAAUAAAGACUUUCCACACACUUCUAAAAUGCUGUUUCCUCUCACACACCGUCACGCUUUGGUUCGGUUUUAUAACAAGACCUUGUCGUAUUCUGAUCAUCUUAUUUCCUCUGAAAUAUAAUAAAAAUUAUUGAUUGAUUUAUUGUGUUUUUCCAAAAGUGAAAAUGUGUUUUCAUAUUAAACAGAGUCUGGGAUCAGAAGUUAAACCACAGUUUAUUAACUGUUAUUAGAGGACAUGAAUCUGAUCACAUGUUUUUAUUGAACA